UUCCCAGCGCCCUUUGCCGCCUCUCGGGAGGCCCCGCGCGGACCCCAGCCUGACUGGGCCGUCCCCUCCGGAUGGGCCGGCGGGCGGAGCAGCGCAGAGGGCACCGCCCUCGGCCCGCCCGCCGAGGAGGGGACGCGAGGGGGAGGCUACGCCAGCGGCGCCCGCCGGGGCCCGCCGCACUCUGCUCUCGGCCUCCCGAGCUGCGGGGACGGGACGGCUACCCGCGCUGACUCUGCGGGCCGGGAGCCGAGUCCAGGACAGAGCCGGAGCCGCCGAGGGAGGCGAGAGGGCAGUGCGCGGAGAUGGCGGCCGCGGCGGCGGAGGAAGGGAUGGAGCCGCGGGCGCUGCAGUACGAGCAGACCCUGAUGUAUGGCCGGUACACUCAGGACCUUGGGGCCUUUGCCAAAGAGGAAGCUGCUCGGAUUCGCCUGGGAGGGCCUGAACCCUGGAAAGGUCCCCCUUCCCCUCGGGCUGCCCCAGAGCUCUUGGAAUAUGGACGGAGCCGUUGUGCCCGAUGCCGCAUCUGUUCUGUCCGCUGCCACAAGUUCCUAGUAUCCAGGGUUGGUGAAGAUUGGAUCUUCCUGGUCCUGCUGGGGCUCCUCAUGGCAUUGGUCAGCUGGGCCAUGGACUAUGCCAUUGCUGCCUGUCUGCAAGCCCAGCAGUGGAUGUCCCGGGGUUUGAACACUAGCAUCUUACUCCAGUACCUGGCCUGGGUCACCUACCCUGUUGUCCUCAUCACUUUCUCAGCCGGAUUCACACAGAUCCUGGCCCCUCAGGCUGUCGGCUCUGGCAUCCCUGAGAUGAAGACCAUCUUGCGGGGAGUGGUGCUGAAAGAAUACCUCACACUCAAGACCUUUAUAGCUAAGGUCAUUGGGCUGACCUGCGCCCUGGGCAGCGGGAUGCCGCUUGGCAAAGAGGGCCCUUUUGUGCAUAUCGCAAGCAUGUGUGCUGCCCUUCUCAGCAAGUUCCUCUCCCUCUUUGGGGGUAUCUAUGAGAAUGAAUCCCGGAACACAGAGAUGCUGGCUGCCGCCUGUGCCGUGGGGGUGGGCUGCUGCUUUGCGGCACCUAUUGGAGGCGUCCUCUUCAGCAUCGAGGUCACCUCCACCUUCUUCGCGGUGCGGAACUACUGGCGGGGCUUCUUCGCUGCCACCUUCAGUGCCUUCAUCUUCCGGGUCUUGGCAGUCUGGAACCGGGAUGAAGAGACUAUUACUGCCCUCUUCAAAACCCGAUUCCGGCUCGACUUCCCCUUUGACCUGCAGGAGCUGCCAGCCUUUGCUGUCAUUGGUAUUGCUAGUGGCUUCGGUGGAGCCCUCUUUGUCUACCUGAACCGGAAGAUUGUCCAGGUGAUGCGGAAGCAGAAAACCAUCAAUCGCUUCCUCAUGAGGAAACGCCUGCUCUUCCCGGCUCUGGUGACCCUGCUUAUCUCCACGCUGACCUUCCCCCCUGGCUUUGGACAGUUCAUGGCUGGACAGCUCUCACAGAAAGAGACACUGGUCACCCUGUUUGACAAUCGGACAUGGGUCCACCAGGGCCUGGUGGAGGAGCUAGAACCACCCAGCACCUCACAGGCCUGGAACCCACCACGUGCCAACGUCUUCCUCACCCUGGUCAUCUUCAUUCUCAUGAAGUUCUGGAUGUCUGCACUGGCCACCACCAUCCCAGUUCCCUGUGGGGCCUUCAUGCCUGUCUUUGUCAUUGGAGCAGCAUUUGGGCGUCUGGUGGGUGAAAGCAUGGCCGCCUGGUUCCCAGAUGGAAUUCAUACGGACAGCAGCACCUACCGGAUUGUGCCUGGGGGCUACGCUGUGGUUGGGGCGGCUGCGUUGGCAGGAGCGGUGACACACACAGUGUCCACGGCUGUGAUCGUGUUCGAGCUCACAGGCCAGAUUGCCCACAUCCUGCCUGUCAUGAUCGCCGUCAUCCUGGCUAACGCUGUCGCCCAGAGUCUACAGCCCUCCCUCUAUGACAGCAUCAUCCGAAUCAAGAAACUGCCCUACCUGCCUGAGCUGGGCUGGGGCCGCCACCAGCAGUACCGGGUGCGUGUGGAGGACAUCAUGGUGCGGGAUGUUCCCCAUGUGGCCCUCAGCUGCACCUUCCGGGACCUGCGGUUGGCACUGCACAGGACCAAGGGCCGAAUGCUGGCCCUAGUGGAGUCCCCUGAGUCCAUGAUUCUGCUGGGCUCCAUCGAGCGUUCACAGGUGGUGGCAUUGCUGGGGGCCCAGCUGAGCCCAGCCCGCCGGCGGCAGCACAUGCAGGAGCGCAGAGCCACCCAGACCUCUCCACCAUCUGAUCAGGAGGGUCCCCCUAGCCCUGAGGCUUCUGUCUGCUUCCAGGUGAACACAGAAGACUCAGGCUUCCCGGCAGCCCGGGGAGAGACCCACAAGCCCCUAAAGCCUGCACUCAAGAGGGGGCCCAGUGUCACCAGGAACCUUGGAGAGAGUCCCACAGGGAGCGCGGAGUCGGCAGGCAUCGCCCUCCGGAGCCUCUUCUGUGGCAGUCCACCCCCUGAGGCUGCUUCAGAGAAGUUGGAAUCCUGUGAGAAGCGCAAGCUGAAGCGGGUCCGAAUCUCCCUGGCAAGUGAAGCAGACCUGGAAGGCGAGAUGAGCCCUGAAGAGAUUCUGGAGUGGGAGGAGCAACAACUAGAUGAACCUGUCAACUUCAGUGACUGCAAAAUUGAUCCUGCUCCCUUCCAGCUGGUGGAGCGGACCUCUUUGCACAAGACUCACACCAUCUUCUCACUGCUGGGAGUGGACCAUGCUUAUGUCACCAGUAUUGGCAGACUCAUUGGAAUCGUUACUCUAAAGGAGCUCCGGAAAGCUAUCGAGGGCUCUAUCACAGCACAGGGUGUGAAAGUUCGGCCGCCCCUCGCCAGCUUCCGAGACAGUGCCACCAGCAGCAGUGACACGGAGACCACUGAGGUGCAUGCACUCUGGGGGCCCCACUCCCGUCAUGGCCUCCCCCGGGAGGGCAGCCCUUCUGACAGCGACGACAAAUGCCAAUGAGCCCCUCGUGGGUGGCCUAGGAUGGUGCUAGCCAUGCCUGUCAUCCCAGAAUAUGCAUCUCUCAUUCCUUCUGCCUUGGGAAGGCAGGAGGCAGCUACAGCCGGAGGCUGUACCCCAGCCCCCUCCAGACCUGGGGUGCCAGCUUCUCGCAGUUCAUCCUACCUGGAAUCUGACCCACUGCCCACCUACAGCAAGUUUUCCAGGGGCAGGAAGAUCAGCCCUGCCCUGGCGGGAUGAGGUUGGGGUCACUUGACCCCUGCUCCCCCUUUGAGGGGAAAGGGGUGGAACUAAGAUGGGUUUGUAACUGGAACCUCCAAUGACCAGAUGUAUAUAGAGAUUUACAAAGAUUUUUAUAUUAAUUUAAUAAAACAAAUUCUUAAAUAGAACAAAAUAAACACCUAAUGAGCCACUUAUAUAUAGAA